CAAUUUCAGCAUUCUGCUCUGAUCGACGGGAACCAUCAUUUUCACUUUCCCAUCCAACCCCCUGCUGUUGAAUGCACAACGGCCGCUAGCUUGCUAUGGUCGCCACCGUUACCUCCAUGUCCCUUGUCACUGCGUCGUCCCUUUCCACCAAGCCGCAGCUCGUGUCUUCAAACAUCGCGAGCUCCACCGACUCCUCGACCGCCCCAACCUUGUUGCACGAUGCGUUCCGCCGUAGCAUCUCGGCGCCGACGGACCGCGUUCCCGCCCAAGACCGCCGAUUCCAGCGCAAUAUCCACCACCUGCGCGAUUCCCUGGACGAGACGUCGACCAACUUGCAUGCCGCCGCUUGUUUCGAUAUCAACGACGACGACGACGGCUGGGGCUGGUUCGAAGACAUCGACGAUGUCCACGUCGUGCUCCCAGCCACCUCCUCCACAACCAACAACCCCCCAUCCCACGAACCGCUGUACGCAUCCGACAUCGUUCCCCAGCACCACAUUUUGAAGUCAUUUCCGCCGCUCGUGGACCUGCUGUACGAACCUCCGUUCGCGUCGAGUGGAUUUGAGUGGCUAGCCCACCUGAGCCCCCGUCGGCCGCAAGCUGCCCGCCUGGAAAUCCGCAGCUUCCGUAUCGUCCAAGAUGCCGACGGGUACGACCGCCAUGCAGAGUACUGCAUCCAGUGCUGGAUCGGCGAGGCCUCCCACAGCGUUUGGAAGCGCUUCGCCGCCUUCAAGCGCUUUGCAUACACGCUCAAGAUCAACGGCUCCAGACGGACGCUGCGCGCGUGGAGCGACGUGCUGGACCGGUCGUCCUGGUUCAGAUCCCUGGAUGUGUCGUACUUGCACCAAAUGUGCUGCCUCCUAGAGACGUUUGCCCAAGUGUUAUUGCUCGAAGCGCAGACGCCGUAUCUGCUCGCGCGGUUUCUCGAAGCGGAAUAGAAAGCCUUUCGCUCGUAAUUUAGGUGAUAUCUAAUUUAUUGGUAAUAUGAAUACUAGUACUACUACAACGAUUACAAGUAC